GGUAAUACUAUAUGUAAUAAAAUAAUAGUGGGUUGAAAUUGUCUAGGUUGAAAUUGACGAGAUACCAAAAUAAUCUACAGUGAGUGAGAACUAGUCGUCUAGUGAAUGGAAUAUUUAUGGAACAGACAGGGAUGGAUGAACAUUAAAAAGUGAUUGAAUCUUCGGAUGUUUGUCUGACGUGAGAUACACUGGAACUCUUGACCUGAGGCAGAGUUUACAAGAAGAGCCAUUCAGGUAAGAGAUUCUUACGGGAAUUAAAGGGAUGGCCAGACAGACAAUAGCCUGAUGUAUGGUGAUUAAUGGAGACUGUACCCAGGACUCUGAAACAAUGACAGUGUUAACUAUUCUGCUAUUGAUUAGUGUCUGUUAAUUCAUGGCGUUAACAACUUUGGAUUUGGACGCCGGGGACCGACCAGUCAUGAUGCAGUCAUCAUACUUCAUGCAUAAAAAGGACAUGUUUUAUAAUUAGGAAGUAGAAUCAAUUACCAAAAUGCUCAUCAAGGAGUACAGAAUUCCCCUGCCUAUGAGUGUGGAUGAAUAUCGUAUAGCCCAGCUGUACAUGAUACAGAAGAAGAGUCGUGAGGAGAGCCACGGAGAAGGCAGCGGAGUGGAAAUUAUCACCAAUGAACCGUACGAAGGUGGUCCUGGAGGAAAUGGACAGUACACUUACAAAAUCUACCAUGUGGGGAGCCACCUACCAGGGUGGUUCCGGGCCAUACUGCCUAAGUCUGCUCUCCGUGUGGAGGAGGAAGCUUGGAACGCCUAUCCCUACACUAAAACACGUUACAGGUGCCCCUUCGUGGAAAAGCUGUACCUAGAGAUUGAAACCCGGUACCUGAAUGAUGCUGGAGAACAGGAUAACAUUUUCAAUUUGACCUCAUCUGAACUUAAAAACCGGGUCAUAGAUUACCUAGACAUUGUUAAGGACCCGAUAUCCAGUGGUGACUACAAGAAAGAGGAGGAUCCGAAAAUUUACAGAUCUCAAAAGACGGGCCGUGGUCCGCUCACAGAAAACUGGCUAGCAGAAUAUGCCCGAGAUGCCAAAAUUCCGAGCAAAAAGAAGUGUUUGAUGACGGCGUAUAAACUGUGUCGAGUGGAAUUCAAGUACUGGGGGAUGCAGAACAAGAUCGAGAGAUUCAUACAUGACAUAGGUCUAAGAAAAACAAUGCUCCGAGCUCACCGACAGGCUUGGUGCUGGCAGGACGAAUAUUAUGGACUAGAACUCAGUGACAUCAGGCGUCUUGAACGAGAAACUCAACUGGCUCUUGCUGAGAAAAUGAAAAUAGCUUCAGAUGAUGAGGAGGAGGGUGAAGACAACACAGAAACACCAAAAAUUCCAAUUUCCACCUCGUUUGAUCAAGCAGCAGCCAUUAAGAGACAGACCUCAGAGUCUGAUCCCCAGGGUAAAAUUACCACGGAAACCAGGAAGCCAUCAGCAGGGACUAUUCAUAAACGCUCACUCAGUGGAUCAGCCAAGCUCAAAGGAGGCUCUUUUCAUGACAUCUCCGCUUCACGGAUGUUCGAGAGUUUGGAACAACUCCAGGAGUCCAGCUCAGGUGACGAGGAGUUCUUCGAUGCGAAAGGACAACUGACCCCGUGUGAAGAGGGCGAGUUCUGGUCUGACGAGGGAUCAGACUGUGCUGCAAGCUCAGGCUUGGUUGGAUUAGGAGGUUUGUAUGAAGAAGAAAAGCAGGAGGUGCGAUCAGAGCUGGUCACUAGUGGUGAUGAGUAUGCCGACGCCCAGUCAAACACUUCAGAGGAUCACAUAGACACAUCUCUAGGUAAAAAGAUGGAACACUUCCGACAGCAUUUCAGUGCCGAGCAGAACAAAGAUAUGUCUCCCCCACUGUCAGCGAGCUGUAAAACCAGCAUCCUUUUCCUGGUUUUACACGGAGGAAAUUUGCUUGACAUGCAUAUAGACCAUGUCCAAGCUUCUAAGAGAAGUGAUUUCAGCACGGUCAAGUCAACGUUUGAACAAGUAAUGAGGACCCAUUAUCCUGGAGCACUUGGCCACAUUGCCUUCAGACUGGUCUCCUGCCCCCAGAUCUGUACAGAAACAGUCAAUCUUCUUGCCAGCCUCAGUCCCUAUGGAUAUGACACACAGACACCAAAAUCUAAGGAUGCUUCCUUCUGGACCCAGGAUUUUGUCCCUCUCGGUGCCAUCUCCAUGUUUGCAUCCUCUAACCCAGAGUAUCACGAGAGUGUCAACAAAAUGGUGGCCAAAGCCAACCUUAUGUACCAGGACUUUCUCAGUUCAGAGGAGGGCAAGGGAUUUAAUGGACAGGUGUGUCUGUUGGCUGAUGCCACUGGGUCCCUCAUGGCCUAUGAUGCUUUGACUAUGUCUGGCUUACACUUUGGUCGAGGACUCAGUACGUACGACAGUAACACCAGCCUAAACAAUGAAAGCAUGCCAAGGUGUUCAAUUGUUAAGACUUCUGACUCCAACCACCAGCUGAGCCUCAGUGAUCCUGAUCUUUCAAAAUGUGAGAUUAAAGACUGUGCAUGUAACACGACGAUGGCUGACAAACAGUUAAGUAAAAGUGAUAUUUUGUCCUCAGAUAACAAACUUAGAAGGCAGAAUUCGACACAAAGACAUUCUGUGGCAUAUCUCAAUGUUAGUGACCACCCCGAGCACGUGAGACGGACCAGUACCGGGAGUAAUUUUGAUGGAUCUUACCUGAAGCUGGACUUUGAAGUGUCAGAGUUCUUCAUGUUGGGGUCACCUCUUGGCCUGGUGUUGGCCUACAGGAGAAUGGUCAUGGGAGAUGAGUCUCCACCCCAAAGUCCCUUGUGCAAUCAGGUGUAUAAUUUGUUCCACUCCAGUGAUCCUUCUGCAGUGAGGCUGGAGCCUCUUGUUCAUGAUUCGUUCAAGCAUAUCUCACCCGUGAAGAUCUCAAGGUACAACAAAUUUCCUCUCGGAGAUGGGGAACCCAUCCAUGUUGUGGAGACGUUACAGAGUAACAUGAGCCUUUUUACCAGUCGUCGUCGAUUCUCCUCCGGUCCUGUCCUCCAGCGGCAGGGAAGCAUCACGAGUAACAUCUCCCAGAUGUCUGGUCUGGGAGAGUCCACCGUGUCCUUCAUCACCAACGUGGCCAGUCGGUGGUGGGGUAACAAGAGAGUGGACUACGUCCUGUACUGUCCUGAGGUCCUCCACUCCUUUCCCGUGUCCGCUCUUCCACAUCUCUUCCACGCCAGUUUUUGGGAGUCCUCUGAUGUUGCCUCCUUCAUCCUCCGCCAGGUUUUGAGGCAUGACAUGGCUCUGUUAGAAGCUGCGGAGGAUGAUGUCGAUUUACAGUCCAGUCUGAGUGGAAAGGUCGCACGAGAAAAAUGGUUAAAACGCAGAACAACUAUUAAAGUCAAGAAUUUACAGUCUAAUCACAGAGGAAAUGACAUCAUGGUAUUGGAAGACAAGCCCCAGGUUAUUACAGCGAGGUUCAUGUACGGCUCAUUUGAUGUGACCUCUCUGUCAGGAGAAAAGGUGGACAUACAUGUGAUGAACCAGCUCAGUGGGGAGUGGCAGUACCAGGGCACGGAGGUAACCGAUAAAAAUGGCAAGCUGCAGUACACGAUUCCCACCAACCGGAGCCUGCCCCAGGGCAUGCACCCAGUCAAAGUGGUCAUCAGAGGUGAUCACAGUUCAGCGGACUUCUAUUUGUGUGUCCUUCCACCUAAGACAGAAACUGUUGUCUUCAGUAUUGACGGUUCCUUCACUGCCAGCAUGUCAAUAUCGGGGAAGGAUCCGAAAGUCAGGCCAGGAGCGGUGGACGUUGUCAGACACUGGCAGGAACAUGGCUACCUGAUCCUGUACGUGACCGCCCGUCCGGACAUGCAGCAUAAGAAGGUCGUCUCUUGGCUUGCUAUGCACAAUUUUCCACAUGGCAUGGUUGCUUUUAUGGAUGGUCUUUCAAAGGAUCCACUGAAGCAGAAACUGGCUUACCUCAAGACUCUGCAACUGGAGACUCAGAUACUAUACAAGGCCGGCUAUGGCUCCAAUAAAGACAUUUACGUGUACAAGGAGUUGGGCCUCAGCCCUCAACAGAUCUACAUUGUAGGGAAGUCCUCCAAGAAACAGCUGAGUCAAGCCCAGGUACUGAGUGAGGGGUAUGCAGCCCAUUUGAGUGACCUUCGUGUACCCGGAACCACCAGACAAGCUGUCGGCAAUGCCAGACUUUUCAUUCAAAAAGGAGCUUUCACGAAGACAUUCCAGUCUGAAGGGAAAAAGGCAUUGAAAAGAGUGCCGUCUAACCCUAUCCCUGCGGGGGACUUUGUGAAUAAGCACGAUGGACUUCUGCACACUACGAUAUCAGUUGGACCAGAGGGACAUACCAUUAUACAACAAGGGGGUGCUACAAAUGUCAGAACAAGGGGAACAUCUCCAAAGCCAAAAAUUGCUCUGAAAGAUGUUCCCAGAUAAUGAAUGUUUUACUUUGAAAUAAGUUUUUAUAUGCUUUUGAGAUGUGUGUGUGUGUCUUUAUAUAGUAUAUUUUGUAAUACCAUAGUGUAAGUGAAAUUCAUGUCCAUGUCUGUGAUGUUCAGUUUUUACUCCUAUAAAAAAUGUAGGUUAUAAUGUCCCAGUACACAUGAUAGACAUUUAGAUUUUAAACAACUUUUAUUAUACAUGUAUUUAGUGGUUAGCCUUUAGAGAUGAAAGAGGUUAACUGAUUUUAGUCAAGUGAUAAAUAUAUUAUAGAAUUGACAUAGAAAGGUGCUUAGAUGAACGUCCACUGAACCUCCCCAGACACAGGUAUUUCUUCACCUGAUUUGAUUGCUUUUUGUUCAGUAUUAUAGACUUUACAGUCCAACACAGUCUAAUUACACCCCCUCCCUUUAUUUCUCCUUGGAGAUGGGGGAGGGAGAGAUAAUCAGACUGAGUCCUGCACUGCCGGUAUUUUAGCCAGGCUAACUUUUGUUGCUCUAUGGAAUGAGGUCGUUUGAUUCGUUUUAUUUUUAUUUCUUUACAUUGAUUUCAUGGCACAAUUCCAGCGGAGUUUGACACAAACAUUUACUUAAUGAUUAUACAGACCAAGUACAUUUUUAUUGUGGUAUUAGCCAUUGUUGAUAGAACUGCCAAUUGUUUGAAUGGGGAUUUAACCAGACACUGACAAAAAUCUACUUUCUGUUUUAGUUUUACUACUAGAUGUAUGACAAUCAUUGUUAUUUAUAUGUAAUUUACAACCGGAGUCUGCAUAUUUCUCAGUGGUACUUCUUAGAAAUAUUGUUCAAUUGACAAAGCAAAAGUGAAUUUUCUUUUCUUCUGUAACUGCAUAUCACAUGAUACAACAGGAGGGGGUUUAAUCAUAUGAUACAGCAGGGGGCAGGUUUCAUCAUGUGAUAAAAUAGGAGGGGGUUUGCACAUGAUAAAUGAAAUAAUGGACUAUUUUAUGAAGCUCUGUGAUUAAAGGGAGACUACCCUGUUUUUCCUGAGAGUAUCUGGAAUCAAGCUAUUCCAUCAUUAUGUUCUACUUGAAAAAGUGCUCUGUUUUUUUGCCACUGUGAUCAGUUAGAUAUUGUGAACAAAUUUUAUUGUUUCUCUGGCUGUGUUCCUAUUCAGUCAGUUUUAUAGCUUAUUUAAAAACAAUUUGGAGUUUUAAAAUACUGUACAUGCAUUUGUAAAAAAUGAUGUAAUUUGAUUUUUGAUGUAUAAUUUGAUUUCAGUUGUAAUACACAACUUCAUUAGUUAAUCAGCAGUCAUAAAACCAAUUUAUACCAUAUCAAAUGAAUGGCUGCUUUUGUGCACCACAUGGCUGCUGUCACGGUACAGAUUUUCACUGUUGUUAAAAGGAUAUUGUUCUGCAUUACAUUAAAAUAUAUUUCAGUGUUGAUAGAAAUAAUGUUGAACGAUGUGGAACAAUUUUAAAAUAUCAAAUGAUAAGGUAUGAAGCCAAUACUUAAAUGCCCAAAUACCCAAAUCUUUUCUCUUUUUUCUUUUUUUUUUUACCAAAUUAUGUGAUAUGAAAUACGUUGGAGCAGAUAUUUUUGUUAACCUCUCUAUCAUUAGUUUCAUUCCUUCAAUAUUAAAGAGGCAAUCAUUGCCAAAUUCAUAUUUGCCAAUUAUUACCAAAAUGACUAAAACAGCUUUACACAGGAAUCGCCACUGACAUCUAAUACAUCAUGCAAACUUUUGUUAUUAUUCUGAUGUAAAUCUCCACUGUUAAUAUAGAAAUAAGGGCUGAAACAUUACGGUGUGGAGGUAAAUGAUUCACUGCGUAGAAUCUUUACUUAUCUCCCCCAAGAUCUGGUCAAUUAUCACAAUUUUUAUCUGAGAUUUAUUUGUCUUCAUGUUAAAUAUAUUCCAGUAUUUUAUUGAGGGUCCUGAAUUGAUGAGAUUUUACUUCCUGGUUGACAGUUAAAACUCCAAAAUGAAAGGUUUCAUAGAAGUGAAAGUAGAGUGGAUUUGACAGGGUUUUGGGUUUUAUUUUUUUGUUUUUUGUUUUCUUUUUUUGUUUUUAUUUUGUUUUUAAUUUUUGAAGACUUUGUAUAAUUCUUCUCUCCUUUACGUGGAAUUUUAAAUGUGAAAGUUAUCUGAAUGUUGAAGACUUAGAUUUACAGUGGCCGUUGAUCUUUUCUGUUACAUUACUGUCUGUGUCUUACAAAUCAGUACACAUGUAGAUGUAAACUGUCUAUCAAUUGUUAUGGUCAUAGACAUAUGUAUGAAAAAAUAUUGAAUUGUAUGUUGAUAUUUUUUUUUGUAAUAUUUAUAUGAAAACAUUUUUGAAAUGUGUUUUUGUUAUAUUGAUAAACUUAUUGUUAAAAGUUUCACUCCAUAAAUCCAAGACACAUUUUAUUUUGAAAACUAACUUUCUUGUUUAUUCUAGUUGUUAUACCAAAUCUUGUUGUACUAUUUCAUGUUUGGUAAAUAAACAAAUCUAUUUAGA